AUGUCCGACGAAAAACUGUGCCAUCGAAUGAUCCGAUUCCCCACAUUGGCUGGGUCAAUCGCAGAGGUUGGCGUUGUCUAUGAGGACACUUUGCCUAGCGGAUCGUCUCUCGGCACUGUUGUCACCAUACAUGGUGCGCCAGGAACUCAUAAAGAUUUCAAGUUUAUCAAGGAGAAGCUCACCAAAAUGGGAAUUCGGAUGAUUGGCAUCAAUUUUCCGGGAUUCAAUUAUACUCCAGUAUAUCAAAACCAAAAUUAUGGGAAUGUCGAGCGUCAAAUCUUCGUCAACGCAUUUCUAGAUUCCUUGGAUCUUCCCGGAAAAAUGGUCUUGCUUGGGCACAGUAGGGGAAACGAGAAUGCCCUUAUGACGGCGGCUGAGAGACAUGCUCAUGGCUUGGUGAUGAUCAGUCCGAUCGGAUUCAGAAGGCAUAAGGGAAUCGCACAGAAAAGUUCUAUGGAGCAGAUUGAAAUGGUUUAUAAUGAGUUGCCAAAAGACGAAGCUGAUGAAAUGAUUUUUACCGUUUAUAAGAGGUUUGGAUUCAAGGUGAACAAUCCUGAAGAAUGCAUAAGUGCUCUUCGCACAAUGAAUCGGUGCUCUAUGGAGAAACAGAUUGAGUUUGUUGAGAAGCUCAACCAGAAUCCAACCAAGGUUUUGUUUCUAUUCGGCGGAAAUGAUCAUUUAAUGGAGUACGAGAUUCUAUUCGAAGCAAAGGAAAAAUAUAAGGGAUUAAAGCAUUUUGAUUUUGAGGACACGAUUGCUGAUGCGGAAGUGGCGCGAAUAUGCCAGUCACUAACAGAAGGCUACAAGGGAGCUUCGGUGUUCGUAAAGAAUGAUGAUCAUUUUCAGAACAAGUCAAGAGCUGAUCUAAUCGCAGAAUUCAUAAGGACAAUUCUAGAGCAAGAGAAAAAACUGAUAAACAAGCUCUAA